AGCAUCGAUUACAUCGAUUCCCCUCACACGGCACGGAGCUCACUGGCAAUAACAACAUUAGACUCAGGAGCGUGUGUGAGUGGAAAUAAUAAAAAAAAAGAUGACCAUUAGAAACGCUGUUCGGGAUUAUGGACAGAGAUAUCGACCUCGGAUGGCUUGUCUCAAGAAGGCAGAGAAGGUGCUGCUGGAGAUGCAGGACCCCUGCACAGGAGUGAAGUCGCAGCCUCAGAGACUCGUUAUCACCAUCAUACCCCAUGCUAUCACUGGUGAAGAUAUAAUUGCAUGGUUAGCUGACAGAUUUCAAAUGGAUGCUCAAGAGGCCAGAAGCUUUGGCUCCAUGCUGGUGGCUUUGGGAUACAUCUACCCUUUGCAGGACCACAAACGUUUAGUGAUCAAACCAGACGCUUCCCUCUAUCGCUUCCAGACGCCAUAUUUCUGGCCCACUCAACAGUGGCCCGUUGAGGAUACAGAUUAUGCAAUCUACCUAGCAAAAAGAAACAUCCGGAAGAAAGGAAUCCUGGAGCUGCACGAGCAGGAGCAGUACAACCAUCUUCACAAGUGGAUGAACCACAAGUGGGACUUUGUAGUAAUGCAAGCUAAAGAACAGUAUAGAGCAGCAAAAGAGAGGAAGAAACCGGACCGAGUGGUGUUUGACUGUCAGGAAAGAGCCUACUGGGUUGUACACAGACCUCCGCCAGGGACUGUGAGUGCCAUGGACUACGGGUUGGAUCGAAGAACAGAUCCUAAUACAGACGAGACACAAACACCUGACUACUACGAGAGAAUUAUGAUCUUCACCCAGCAGUCCAUCAUGAGGCCCAGAGUGAAGUCAUCUGUGUCCAUUGGCGCACUGGUGAAGUACAGCGCCACCUAUAGCGGUCACGACCCUUUUCUCUCCAAGUGUCUUCCCAGCAACCCAUGGCUCACUGACGAUACAACAUACUGGACCUUGAACAUGUCUAACGUGGAAAUACCCACCAAGAUGCGUGUAGAGAGGUGGACAUUCAGCUUCAAAGAGCUUCUUUCAGAUCCUCGAGGACGAGAUGAUUUCAGACUCUUCUUGAAGAAAGAAUUCAGUGGAGAGAACUUGGCAUUCUGGGAAGGCUGUGAAGAUCUGAAGUGGGGAACUGCUGUUGCGAUGAAAGAGAAAGCAGAGCAGAUCUACAAGACAUUUUUGGCACGUGGCGCCCCGCGAUGGAUCAAUAUUGAUGGAAAAACAAUGGAAAUCACAGUGAAGGGGUUGAAGCACCCACACAGAUACGUUCUGGACGCAGCCCAAACUCACAUCUACAUGCUAAUGAAGAAGGACUCAUAUGGGCGGUACCUGAAAUCUCCUGUGUUUAAAGAAACCUUAAAGAAAGCCAUCUGUCCCGAAGAGCACAAAUUCAAUGAAGUCCAGUUGGAGCAGAAUGCCAGGAACAGACGGCCCAGUCUUAGCCCCAUCAUCAUCCGGCAACAGGAGCAGGAGCAAAGGGCCAAGAUGGCCGCUAACGCCCCAGUUGACAUUACACAGCUGUGCCGAUUUACCACUCCUGUCCCGCACCUCGCUGUCUACACUGGAAUCCCUGACCCACCUUCUCUCACCGCCUCACCCUCCCUUCCUUUCCUCGCACACACCCCAGUCUGUCCGUCCCCAAUCAGCGUGGCUCUAGACAGCACCUCGGCUUCUGAGCGGCGGCUGGAGGCCAGCGAGGGUGAGGGCAACGCAGAAGUUCGGGUCCCUGAGGGGGGAAACUUGUCCAAGUCUCGAAUGGCCCUGUCGCUGCGCCGACUGCUGAAGAGAGGAUGCAGCCCCUCCGCCAUGUUCGCAAGCCUGUCGCCCAAAUGCCACACGGCAGCCACAACAAGUAGCCGCAUUCAGCCAAUCAUGCCAGAUGAGCCCAGCCAGGCUCCACCCAGAAGAAUCGGCAACUUCUUCCAGAUAAAAGUAGACGUUCCUCCCGAGUGCCGGAUCUACCCCAUUGAAUCUGAGGAUGAGGAUGAGGAGAACAGGCCUGCAUCUCAGGACGCAGUGGGAACAGAGGAGAUCAUUUGCCCGUGGGAGAGUCUUACUCGACAGAAAGGGACGGGCUAAUUGGCUGGAUUUAUACAGGUGUAACGCCACAGAACUUUUAGGCUGGGAUAUGUAACUCAAAUGCCAAACAAGAAUCUCUCAGUCAGGGACACCAAAUGACAAGAACCUUCAGCAUGUGACUGCCUGCUGCUUUGAAAGGUUGUUGCAGAGAUGUUCCAUUGCUCACCCAGUUUUCUGUUAAACACCAUGAAAAAAGUAGCUGCGAAACAGAAAUACUGGUAUUAUCAGUCUGAAAUUUCAAAAGGUAAAUUUUAGUUUUCAAAAUAAGGGUUCAUUGGGGUUCAGUCACCUGGUGUUGUGUUUUGUUGACUUGGAAGAGACAUUUUGUAGGGAGGCUGCAGAAGUGGGGGUGUGGUCAAGAUCAGUCCCAAACCAAGAACUCUGUCCAUAAUCUGAACACAACGACCAAACUGUUUUCCAGACCCAACCAGGUCUGUCUCUUGUCCCCAAUCCUAUGUCUGAUGUUCAUGGAUUGGAUGCAUGACUUAGUCUCAUCUUUGGUUGUUCAAGCCAGGAUGUCCAAGUCAAGAGACAGCUCCCGUAUGUCUAAUCCAUGGGUCUCAGUAAGAAAAUGAUGGAUUAAUCUUCCAGGGCAGAGUCUGUCUAUUCCUUUAGAGGCAGAGGGGAGUGUUACUCUUGUCUGUUGUGAGAGAAAAAAAGAAAAACAACAAAAAUUUCCUUUUAUUUAAAAACCCAUUUACAUUCCAACCUAAAGUAAAAUUUGAAAAUAAGGUAAGAAGCUUUUAGGGAGGAGAUUAGAGCAGAGCUGCAGCUCCUCUGCAUUGAAAAAAGUCUGUCGAAGUGAUUAGGCUAUUUGAUUACGAUUCUACCAGGACACCUCCCUUUGGUAAUGUUUCAACCAUGUCCUACUGUAAAGGAGACACCAGAAGACAAUGGAUGGAUGCAUUUUUCCUUUCAACAAAAGCGGAGCUAAGCAGCUCACAUGGUUUAGGUCCAAAAGACGUAAAAAGUCUGUCUAAGUGUUCCUUUAGUUACAGCUUUACCAACCAGGACUGAUGUGAGCCCCAGCUCAGCUCUGGCUGGUGGAUGGUUUUAACAAGAGUCACUCCACAUGGGGACAGCAGAGUUUACCAAAGUUCAAGCGCUUUCAAAGCUUGAACUUUAGCUUUCAUGCUGGAACCUUACUCUGUAUCUCAUGAUGAACUGAAGCCCAACAGCAGCCUUAAACCACAUCUCAGUUUGACCUUGAAACGUUCAAUAAAGUAAGAUCUUUCAAAAGAAUAGAACACAAAGCUAGACAUAUAUUUACUGAGAUUGUUGUGGCUGUAAAGGAACAUUAAUUCAACAAGUAACUAAGUCUGAAACCCUCGGCAGAGAGUAACCAAAGCAGACAGAGACCUGUAGACUCUGCUUCCACAUGCUUGUUCAGAUGUUUCUAUGUACAUACUAAUGUAGAGACGUUUUCUUGUACUGCAAGAUAGAUUUAGAAACCUCUGUUUAUUAAAUUACCUAUUUUGUGAAAAAA